CUCGUCAUUGCCGAAACAGCGCGACGACGGAGCAGACGGAGCGCUCGCUUCUUCUUCGCGGUUCGCUUCAGGAAGGGAAGAUUCUUUUUUCUUCACCCACCUCUCUCACGACCAACAUCCAACCCAACCGUGUGCAGUUGUUAGUGGUUCGGUUUAGUAAAGUGUUUUGGGUCAGGGGACGGAGAUAAAAAAAAGUAACAAGCGUAAACGAACAACGGUGUGUGGUAAGCGACAUACGGAUGGUUGUGGAUUUGUAUGCUGGCUAGCAUUUUCCACUGGAUCGCAGGUUUAACAUUAUUUUCCUUCACGGUCCACUAUCUGUACUAUAUUGUGACGGCACUGAGAUCAUCAUCCCACCAGCAGCAGCAGUCGUCACCACUGACGUCCGCCAGCAGUGGCCAGCAGCAGCACCCAAUGCAAUCCGAAGACGCCAAGUACAUUAAAAAACGAUGGAAGGGCGGCACCAUCGAGCCGCAUCCGACGGAGAAAGCCCUCAUCGUCAACUACAAGCUGGAGGCGGCCGUCUUCGGUGAACCCGGUGAUCCGAUGCUGGAGGACAAGAAGGACUGCCAACGGAUCAUCCGCCUCAAAUCGCUCAACGCCAAAACGGACCCGGCCGUCUUGGCCCGCGAGGUUGUCGAAAAGUGUGACCUCAUUCACAAAUCGCAACUGUCGGACAUCGAGCAGAUCAUCUACUAUUUGAAGAAUCGCAAAAAUGUCGAAACACCGACGGCCGGUGGCGGCGGCGUUGGCAGUGGAAGUGGCGGCAUCGGAGCCAGCGGCGGUAGUGGCCAACGAACCACAUCCCGCUCUUCCGGGGCCAGCGGUGGCAGCGGCGGAGGAAGCAGUGGGGGUAUCGGCGGUGCCGGUGGCAAGGUCGAUUCGAGCGAAACGGAAAAGGCCUCGAUCCGAGCGAUCGACGAGUACAUCGAGCUGCUUUACGAGGAUCUGCCCGAGAAGAUUAAAGGCUCCAGGCUGAUCCUCCAACUGGCAAGGGAUCCAGACAAUCUGGGCGAGUUGGAAAAGAAUGAAGCCGUUCUGAGUGCUCUCUCACGGGUAUUGCGCGAGGAUUGGCGCCGUUCGUUGGAUUUGUCUACAAACAUCAUCUACAUAUUCUUCUGCUUUUCGACGUACACCAAUUUCCACACGGUGAUCGUUAAUUAUAAGAUUGGAUCGUUAUGUAUGGACGUAAUCGAUUACGAACUAAGGAGAUAUGAUCAGAUGAAGAACGAUCUGGAGGCUCGCAAAGGUUGCAGUGAAAAGGGAAAGGAAAAAGAGAAAGAGGUCAACAAGAGUGCCGAGUAUUUGGAUACGAUCAUUGAUCAAGAGAAACCAAAGGAGAUGGAGCCACCCCGGAGACGGAUCCCAGAACUCAAGCAAAGACCAAAGUCCGGAAAUUGGGCAAGUUUUCAUGGUAACAUGAGUUCGUCCUUGGUCAAGGCGCACAACAUGAACAACAGCUAUCACGAGCAGCUUUCCAAAGAAACGACCGCUUCGAAUGAUAGUUUGAAUAAUCAAUCGCCGGAAUCCGAAAAACCGGACCCAAAGAAGCAGAAAGAUGAUUAUGACAAAAUCAACAAGCAGUUUAAAAUUUUCGCAAAGAAACAGGAACAACUGUUGAGGGUGGCAUUCUACCUGCUUCUCAAUAUUGCUGAAAACGUAAAACUGGAAGAGAAGAUGCGCAAAAAAAACAUUGUAAAAAUGUUACUUAAGGCUCUCGAGCGACAAAAUUUUGACCUGCUCGUUUUGGUCGUAACCUUCCUCAAGAAACUUUCGAUCGUUCGAGACAAUAAAGAUGAAAUGUACGAGCUGAACAUCGUCGAGAAGCUCCCGCGUCUUUUGCAGUCGCAGAAAGAUCUCGUUCAGGUGACGCUUAAACUGUUGUUCAAUUUAUCGUUCGAUGCACGGCUACGGGCUCGAAUGAUCCGUGUGGGUUUCCUACCGAAGCUAGUCACCCUUCUUAGUGACGACAAGCAUCACGAGAUAGUCACCAAGAUACUGUACCACAUGAGCUUGGACGAUAAGAUUAAAUCGAUGUUUACUUACACAGACUGUGUACCGGUCGUGACCGACAUGUUGCUGUUGAAUUUGAACCAAAAGUCGGACCCGGACCUCAUCGCUUUGGGUAUAAAUUUAGCGCUAAACAAACGGAACGCCGCCAUGAUGAUCGAAAACAAUCGAUUGCACAAUCUCAUGUCGCGGGCGUUUAAGUACCAGGACACGCUGAUGAUGAAAAUGAUACGCAACAUUUCGCUACAUGAAUCGCUAAGAAUGCAUUUUGUUGACUUUGUCGGAGAUUUGGCUAAGAUUCUGACCGAAUGUGACGAUGAAGAGUUCACCGUUGAGUGUUUAGGCAUUUUGGGAAAUUUAAUUCUACCCGAUCUGGACUACUCGCAGAUCAUUCACAACUUCAAUCUCAUUCCAUUGAUAAGAAACAUGUUGGUUCCUGGGAAAUACAAAGACGACCUUGUGCUGGAAACGGUCGUCUUCCUUGGUACCUGUGCGUCGGACGAAUCCUGCGCUAUGCUGCUGUGCAAAGCGGACGUGAUUCUGUCGCUGAUCGAAUUGCUCAAGGCGAAACAGGAGGACGACGAGAUGGUACUGCAGAUCGUAUUCGUCUUCCAGCAGGUCCUGCGAAACGAGAGCACUCGGGUGUACAUGAUCAAGGAGACGGAAUCGCCUGCUUAUCUGAUCGAUUUGAUGCAUGACAAAAACGCUGAAAUCCGAAAAGUAUGUGAUUUCUGCUUGGAUAUCAUUGCCAUCACCGAUAAUGAGUGGGCCUCGAGGAUUAAGCUGGAAAAAUUCCGCAACCACAACUCGCAGUGGUUGAGUAUGGUGGAAACGCAGGAGGAAACUGACGACAUCCAGGACUAUGGGCCAAUAGAUGACGACGAUGGGGAUCUGCCUGCUUAUCUGGCGUCGGACUAUCUGGAUCAGUGUAUGCUGUACCAGUCUGGGGAGUCCAACGACGAUGGAGAGAGUAACAACAAUCGUUCCACCUCUGCCAUGUCCAACUACAGCAGGCCGAUGAGUCGGUACAGUCGGGACUUCGAAGAUUUCGAAGUGGUUACUUAAAGAGGGGUCGUGUGCAAAAAUGAACGAACAAAUCGUUCGAUGCUGCUUUCAUCGUAUUUUGGUGCAAUACUCUAGAUUUCUGUACAGUGUUUCAUAAACACAUGAACCACAAAACAUCAUAAAUAUUUGUGGAUGUACUUUGUUAAAACUAGUGAACCUUCAUGAAGGUAAUAUGCAGGUUCACUAGAUAAAACUAUUGCGGAAAAAAGAACUCAAAUAAAUCAAGUGCAACAUUUGAAAAUCUAAUCAUAUAAACAAAACAUGAACUAGUAAACGAUUGAUUCUGUAUUGAGAGAAUAAGAAAUUUCGAUCGAGUAUUUUAAAACGUUAGGAUGAAAACCGUAAAGUUUUUAUCAGAGUAAAAACUAUUUAUUAACACAAUUUCGUAGCGAGCCAUAGACAAUGUUUCCUAAACUCUAAACCAAACAUCACUACUUCAAAGCAAACAAUUUGUACCAGUCGCCUUUAGUGCUAUUACUACAAUUUAAGAUGCCAUAUAAAUGCUGAAACAAGAAAUCCAUUCAUAAUAUUGCAUGUUUGCUUGUUUUCCAAAGCACUCUCUAGAAGUAGUAGAAGUUUGACUGCGUUCAAAGAAUAAUAUUCCUGGGAGAAAAUUUUUAAACCAAAGUAGUAGAAAAUUUUUAUUAUUUUUCUGGAAAGUAUCAAUUUAUAUUUUUUUCUCAUUUUUAACCGUUUCAAAUAUAUUGCACCCUUGAAAAGCUACCAAAGAAUGAUAUAUCUAACAUACUCCAAAAGAAAACAAUGCUGAAACAUCAAUUACUCAAACAAAAACCAAUCACGCUUACGGAGCUUUAAGUCACUGUUUUGAAUCUGUAACAUACACAUCGCUGAACCGUGUGAUGCUUUGUAAGAAAUUGUAAAGAAUACCGAAGUCGUAAUCUAGAUAGGUACACAGUGAAGGUCGAAUUGGAAGAAUCGCCCACAGAAAGAAUAUAAAAAGUUUCAGAGUAUUCAGAGUAUAAAUCGAGAGGCAACACAUAGAAUUUGUUCAUAAAAAUAUCUAGUCUUCUUCCGUUUGUGAUAAGAAACGAGUGAACACAAUCGAAAACUUUGUUUUCUGAUUUCCCAUUGAGUAGGUAUUAAUAGUGUUACAUUUUAUCAUUACUUCUAGUUUUCAAGUAGGUACCCAAUCUCUCAAGUACGCUUUGAUUAUAGUUUUGUUCGCUAUUUCAUAUUAUAGGAAUUGACAUAGAAAUUUAAUCGAGCGUGAGAGAUUUUUUUUGGCAGUGAAAUUUGAACUGUGAAAAUCGAAACCAAACCUUCAAUAACAUUGAUUGCAAAAUGAUAA